UCCCUUUCAUGCAUUGUGCUGUCUUGAUUAGUGUAGCGGAAAUAUGUGGCAGCCACACGGGAUUAUAUUUCUCAACUGAACACUACAAAGCAAAACCCGAUCCGCUGCUAUUACGUAACUGUCGGUGACAUAACUCCCCUGCCCGGGCCGGGACGGUCAGGGCGCACAGAGAGCGGGGGAAACCGGAGCGCACGGCCCGUGGACGGCCGCUCCAGCUGCACUCUCAUACCUCCGCCGCGGGGCAGUUGAAUUAUUUGGCCAAUAUCGACACAAGAGGAGGUCUACUGCUGGAGAAAGCCGUCAGACACAGAGCAAGAUGCCGGCCGACUUUUGGAAUCUGCUCUAAAGGACUCUUGAGGAGAUGGCAGUGCAUAUUUUCAAAUGCCUGCGCCGGCCUGGGCGCUAGAACAACAGGUAGUGUGAAGCCCGAGUUUGUGAAAUUAGACUAGGCCUUCUACUUCUGAGUCAAAUGGCGGCAGGUGUAAUGCAAACCAACCGACUAAGCACUCGUCUGUGGUUUCUGCGUGUGUGUAUGUGUGUGAGUGAGUGACUAAGAGAGAGCGGUGUGUUAUUGCAUGCGUGUAGUGCCACACGUUGUUUUGACAGGAGAGUGAUGGAAUAUGAGGAGCCCGACGUGCCCCCAGCUGACGCCCCCAUCAAAAGAGGAGGAGCCGUGUCCAAGAAGACUCAUUUGACUCAGAUCGAAGUUAUCCCAUGCAAGAUCUGCGGUGAUAAGUCCUCUGGAGUGCAUUAUGGAGUCAUCACCUGCGAGGGCUGCAAGGGGUUUUUCCGGCGCAGCCAGCUGCCUACUGUGUCGUAUUCCUGCUCCAGGCAAAAUAACUGUCAAAUUGACCGGGCCAGCCGCAACCGCUGCCAACACUGCCGUCUGCAGAAAUGCCUGGCACAGGGCAUGAGCCGGGAUGCGGUGAAGUUUGGGCGGAUGUCCAAACACCAGCGGGACUCUCUGAUCGCUGAGGUGGAGAGGUACCAGCGGCAGCAGCAGCAGCAGCUCCAGGGAGAAGCCCAGUCUGUCUUGGCCUACCCGAGCAAGACCCGCCAAGACCGCUCCCCGCAGCUCCUCCAGCCCAUGCCUUCAGCUUACUCCUUUGCCGGGGAGACUGAGCUGCUGGCCUUCCCCGCUGAUGUUCACUCUUACCUGGUAUGCCCCCCCCAAAACGAGUCGCCGGCUCCAGGCAUGGUCUAUCGUGGCUCCAGUAUCUCUCCCACAUCCAGAUCCCAGGGAAGGGUGGAUAGCAGCGGGCACUCUGAUGGGAGAGAAUUUGACUCCAGGCAGCCAUCUCCUGAUCUGAUGGGGAUUCGUUCCUUUGACCAUAUGGAGGAUGCUUUCAAUCCCUAUCGUCACUCCCUGCGAAACAUAGAUGAGCUGUGUGCCAGCAUCGUGCGCUCCCACAGAGAGACCAGCCAGUACAGAGUGGAAGAGCUGCAGGCUCUCAGAUGGAAGGUGUUCAGCAGGGAGGAGAUCCAGGCCUACCAGAGCAAAUCAGUAGAUGAGAUGUGGCAGUACUGUGCCAUCAGACUGACCGAUGCCGUGCAGUUUGUGGUCGAGUUCGCGAAGCACAUCCCAGGGUUCCGUGUGCUCAGCCAGAACGACCAGAUCGCACUUCUCAAGACUGGAUCCAUGGAGGUUGUUCUGGUCAGGAUGAGCCACUUCUUUAACACGGAAAACAACACUGUCUUCUUCGACGGCAAAUUUGCUGGAACUGAAGUCUUCAAGUCUUUAGCAUGUAGCGACUUAAUUGCGUCAGUGUUUGACUUUGCUCAUGGUAUGUGCGCUCUGAAGCUCACUGAACAUCAGAUUGCUCUGUUCACUGCUCUGGUGCUGAUCAAUGCAGAUCGGCCAUGUCUGGAAGAUAGAGCCAGGGUUCAGAGAGUGCAGCGAGACUUGGAGCUGGGCCUCACACACAUUCUGCACCGAGACAACCAAGACAGCCUCCUGCACAAGCUGUACCAGAGGAUGGCGGUGUUGCGUUCGCUGUGCAGUCUGCACAUGGAGAAGCUACGCUGGUUCAGUCAGCGUUACCCUCUCACUGUUCACUCUCUGUUCCCUCCUCUCUACAAGGAGCUGUUUGGCUCUGAGGCCGAGCUGCUGCCUGGGACCACUCACUGAGGAAGUUCGUCAUGAUUAACUAGAAUAUACAAAGACACACUGUCUCACACGCACGCACACACACAUUCAUGCUUGAUUAAGUCUCUUUAUCACUGUCUGACAGAAUAUAUUUUUCUAAUAAUGGAAUUACAAGAGAGAAGAGCAGCACUAGCAGCUUAUUGAGUAUGACUUCCAGCAGAGCCUUUUGUAGAUCAUGUCGAACAUGAAAAAAUAAAUCAAUAUUUUGAUAGCUUAAACUAUUUUGAUUCUUCCAAGGAAACAUACAUGUUGUUUUUCUUUUAGAAUAAUAUGUCAGGGUACAAUUUUAUCGGGGUACAAGAUAAAUCACCACUCAGGAUGUAGAAUUGUUAUUCUGUCCAGCUGUUAUCUGGUACAAAUAUAAAUAUUCAGAUCACUGCACAGCUACAGCUUCUCUAUGUCAGUCUACUAUAGUUAUGUUUCUCCUCAGGUUGAUGUUUUCUUAAGGAUGCGACAUAGCAGCAGUACCUCUAAAACUCAACCCUUUGUGUUUGAUUAAAACUUAACAGGCAUUUAUCCUUUUGAGCUUUGAAAAGAUGUUGCAUUAAAUGUAUAAAAAUAUUAUUCAGUUCAAAAUGUGGAAGUAGCGUUCUCUUUCUCUGUGUGCAAAUUGUUCUUUUUUUUCAGAUUAACUUUCAAAUGUCGUGUUUCCUCUACAUAUCUUUAAAUAAAGCCAUGAGUAAAGGAGGAAUGACGAAAAGUUUGAUCAUUAAUGACAGGAUGUCUGGAUGUAGUAAUCUGUGUUCCUGGAACAAGUGAGGUUAUGUUCAAUGUUAAACUAUGUUCAAGUUUGAAUAAAAGUCUUCCAGUGAUCUUCUGGGGAUGUGAAAUCAA